AUACAAACUGGCAGGAUCAUGACAGAGCCAAGCAGUAGAAAAGAAGGAUUUAAAAAAUGCCGGAGUGCCACUUUCAGCAUCGAUGGUUUUAGCUUUACAAUUGUUGCAAAUGAGACAGGCGACAAAAAUGCUCGACCUCUUUCACGAUUUGCUCGGUCAAAGUCACAAAACUGUCUGUGGAAUACCAUUAUUGGUGGGCUUACGGGUAAUCUCAAAGAAAGGCCAAAGCCAACAAUCAUCAGUGACCCUCGGCCUCCAGAAGAAAUCUUAGCAGAUGAGUUACCACCAGUGGACAGUCCUGAAGCAUUAGUGAAAACAUCUUUCAGGUGGGAUCAUAAAUAG